AUGAAGCCGGAGCACGCGUCGAAUCGGUGGCUUUACAGCCGGUGGGACCUGCUGCGAAACGACGAGGAGUACGAUUUCACCAGCCCGCUGCGCAAUGCAGCCAGAGAGCUCGGGUUCGAGCACUCCUACAUGUCUCUCGGCGGGAUCCAGACGGCCCCGUACGCCAUGUUCGAGGACGACAUCUUGGUGGGCGAUCCGAGGGGCGUCGUCGAGUACCACAACUAUACCGAGGUGCCCAACUCGAAUGGCGUGAGCCUGAUUGGCACGCCGGAGGGCCGAAUCGCAUUCUGGGGCGUGGCGAUGCCCGGCUGGGAGAGCAACAACUAUGGGCUCUGGCUCCUCGGCAAGACGGAGGCCUUCCUCGAUCGCCACCUCGCGGACCGGCCCCUCGACCCCUUCUUCAUCCACUUUUGCUCGCAGGCCGCCCAUACGCCCCACUCCCCGCCGCUCGCCUUCCGCGGCGAGCCCGUCGCCGGGAAGACCGUAUCAGCGCACCUCGACAUGGUGCACGAGCUCGACCUGCAGGUGAAGGGCCUCGUGGAGGCGCUGGACGCCAGGCACCUCCUCCGCAGCACCAUCGUCGUCUUUGCGAGCGACAAUGGCGGCCUGCCAGUCUCGGCGCCUGUUGGCCACGACACGAGCAACGGCCUGCGCGGCACGAAAGGAAGCCUCUACGAGGGCGGGCACGCCGUCCCGAUGAUCGUGCGCUGGGACGGGGGCGGCGUGCUCAAGGGUGGCGUCCACACGGGAUUGGUGAGCAUCACCGACCUGUUUGCCACUCUCUGCGAUCUGGUCGGCGUGAAGCCGCCUCCGGGGCAGGCUCCCGAUAGCAUCAGCUUUGCUCAGCACCUCGUGGGUGGCGGCAGGGCGCCGUCGAGGGAGGCGGUCUACGCGCUCGACUACCACAAUAAGGGUAACCUGGAUGGCGUGCCGGCCAAACACAUGCUCCGCCAGGGCACGAGCAAGCUCCUCUCGUGCGAGUUUUAUGAGCUCGCGUCCGAUCCAAAGGAGUCUGUGAACCUGAUUGGCGACGCGGAGCACCAGCGCGUCAUACACGACCUGCUCGGGCAGCUCGAGGCGCGCUUGCUGCCGCAGUACCUACGGAGCUGCAUCAUUCGCUUCCGGCGCGGGUCGCUCGAGCGCUCGGCCGCACCAGUGCUAAUCACGCCGGCAAAUGACUCGCUGGUCGGCAAUGAGCAGCCCAUGUACUGGCGGUUCAUCAACAGGCGGUCGGUGGACGGCGCCAUCCGCAGUGCAGCAGGCCCGGCGCUCGAGGCCGAGUGCCUCGCGCUUCCGACGCUUCCAAAGGAGGAGGUGCGACGCGUCCGGCGCGACAUCACGCGCUGGACGUCCGGCGUCAAGGAGGGCAAUUCGGCGCCCGUCCGCUGCCCCACGGGGAGGUCUGUAGUCACGUCUGCGCCCGGUGACUUGGACGCGGCUCACCUGGUCCACGCCGUCGCGCCCGACUCCGAGUUUGGGUACGAGGGACUGUACACGGGCGCGCUCCGCGACGAGGAGGUCUCAAACGUCCACCAGGACUCGCCGGCCGCCAACCUCGGCAGGCACCCGUCGUGGCUGCAAUUCUCGCCGCCCGACCAGCUGCUCUUCGGGGCGUGGCACUCGGCGCUCGGCACCGCCGCCGCCCUCGGCGCCGCCAGCGUCGCGGCCCCUCUCCUCGGCGCGGGCGUCAAGGGGUGGCGCCCGACCACCGCCACCGCCCUCGGGCUCGAGGCGCGGCGGCACACUCCCUCGCCGCACUCCCUCGCGCUCGUGCAGCUCCUCCUCGCGGGGAGAGCGCCGCAGGAGGUGCACCUGACUGUGGGCGGCGAGCCGCAGAUCGCGCUCAAGGCGUGGCGCGCGGCAGCCGGCACCGCACGCACGCUGCUCGGCGCGCCGCCCGGACUCGAGGAGGCGCCGGCGUGGGCGGAGGCGCGCGAGAGCGGCGAGGAGCUCGCGUGGGAGGUGGAGGCCGAGGCGCUGCUUGCGGCGACGGCGCGCGGGACAGGCAGCGCCGAGGAGGCGGCCGGUGCGGUCGAUGCGGCGGGCAGCGUGCUUCCACUGCUCGAGGUUGCUGACGUGGCCGAGAUGCACAAGAACCGGGCGAUCGGCUACUCGGGCACCGAGGUGCCGCUCACCGCCGAGCAGGAGCUGCGCAACGCAAAGACAGGCGACCGGCGAAAUGCGCUGCUGCAAUUCGACCCGCACCUGAGAGAAUACACGGACAGGUGAGGGUGCGCUGCGUGUGGAGUCUCUCGCUUUUGCUUGUGAGAGUCGAAUAUUUCUUUCAGAGACCA